CGGAGGAAACGCUGCUCGACCAAUCACGUGUGUGUUUACACCAUCACCUGUCAAACACACCUCUGCUACAUUUCUCUCUGAAAGGAGCUGAAACGCACACUCACACUGAAGCGCCCACGGUAGCCGCUAACUGGACGGACUCUCUGGUAAUUGACCUUUUGCAGUCGAAUAGUGGAAUAAGACUUUAACCAUGAGCUCAGUGGCAGUGUUGACUCCAGAGAGCUUUGCCGAGCACCGCAGCGGUCUCAAGGAUCAGAACUUAACAGGCUGCGUCCCAGAAGAUGAGGCCUACAUCCCCACCUAUCUGGAGGCCUUCCCUCCGCUGCCGGAGAAGGGGGCACCCGGGGAGAAGACCGGGGAGCCGGCGUCUGCGUGGGGCAGCAAGAUCAGGCCCAUCAAAGCCUCUGUUAUCACCCAGGUGUUCCACGUGCCCCUGGAGGAGCGGCGCUACAAGGACAACAGUCAGUUUGGAGAGGGAGAGGAGGCCAAAGUGUGCCUGGACAUCAUGCAGAGAACCGGUGCACACAUUGAGCUGUCCCUCGCUAAGGACCAGGGUCUGUCCAUCAUGGUCACCGGCAAGCUGGACUCCGUCAUGAAGGCUCGCAAGGAAAUUGUAGCUCGCCUGCAGACACAGGCAUCGGCCACGGUCACCAUCCCCAAGGAGCACCAUCGUUUUGUCAUCGGUAAAAACGGGGAGAAGCUGCAGGAGCUGGAGCUAAAGACUGCCACUAAGAUUGCUAUUCCCCGACCUGACGACCCCAGCACCAACAUCCGUAUCACUGGAACCAAGGAGGGCAUCGAGAAGGCUCGCCAUGAAAUCCUUCUGAUCUCGGCUGAGCAGGACAAGCGGGCCGUGGAGCGUCUGUCCCUGGAGAAAGCCUUCCACCCCUUCAUCGCCGGCGCCCACAACAGGCUGGUCCAGGAGCUUAACCAGGAGACCGGCGCUCGCAUCAGCAUCCCCCCGCCCAGCCUGCCAAAGGAUGAAAUUGUCAUCACCGGGGAGAAGGAGGCCGUCGCUCUGGCAGUCAACCGCAUCCGAGCCAUCUACGACGACAAGAAGAGGAAAACCACGACUAUUUCUGUGGAGGUGAAAAAGUCUCAGCACAAGUACAUCAUCGGUCCGAAGGGAAACACCCUGCAGGAGAUCCUGGAGGCCACCGGAGUGUCGGUGGAAAUGCCUCCUCUCGACUCCAUUUCAGAAACAAUUAUCCUGAGAGGGGAGCCCGACAAACUGGGACCUGCACUCACGCAGGUCUAUGCCAAGGCUAAGAGCGUGAUGGUCGUGGAGGUCAGUGCUCCAGCUUGGCUGCAUCGCUUCAUCAUUGGCAAGAAAGGGCAGAACAUCGGGCGAAUCACGCAGCAGCUGCCACGAGUUCACAUCGAGUUUACGGACGGUGAGGAUUGCAUCAGUCUGGAAGGGCCAACGGAGGAGGUGGAGCAGGCCCAGGCCCAGAUACAGGAGAUCAUCAAGGACCUGCUGGUGAGGAUGGACUACACUGAAGUCAUGAUUGAUCAGCGUUUCCACAGACACCUCAUUGGAAAGAACGGAGCCAACAUUAAUCGUAUCAAGGAGCAGUACAAAGUGUCGGUGAGGAUCCCCCAGGACUCGGAGAGGAGCGGCCUGGUCCGCAUCGAGGGAGACCCUAAAGGAGUGCAGCUGGCGCGGAGAGAGCUCAUCGAGAUGGUCCAGAGAAUGGAAAAUGAACGCACCAAAGACUUGAUUGUGGAUCAGAAGUUCCAUCGAACAAUCAUCGGACAGAAGGGAGAAAAGAUCAAGGAAGUCCGGGACAAGUUUCCGGAGGUCAUCAUCAAUUUCCCUGACCCGGCGCAGAAGAGCGAUAUCGUCCAGCUGAGAGGGCCAAAGAACGAGGUGGAGAAAUGUGCAAAGUUCCUCCAGAAAAUCAUCGCAGAGCUGAUUGAGAACAGCUUCUCCCUCUCCGUCCCCAUCUUCAAGCAGUUUCACAAGAACAUCAUUGGAAAGGGCGGAGCAAACAUAAAAAAGAUCCGCGAGGAGACGAACACAAAGAUCGACCUGCCAACAGAAAACAGUAACUCCGAGAUGAUCGUCAUCACGGGCAAGAAGAGCAACUGUGAGGCUGCCAGAGAUCGAGUUCUUGCCAUCCAGAGAGAACUGGCCAACAUCAAGGAGGCAGAAGUGGCCAUCCCGGCCAAGCUGCACAACUCUCUGAUCGGCUCCAAGGGCUGCCUGGUGCGGUCCAUCAUGGAGGACUGCGGUGGCGUCCACAUCCACUUCCCCUCAGAGGGUUCCGGCUCGGACAAGGUCACGAUCAGAGGUCCCGCCGGGGAAGUGGAGAAAGCCAAGAAACAGCUGCUGCAGCUGGCCGAAGAGAAGCAAGUCAACAACUUCACUGUGGAGCUACAGGCCAAACCAGAGUACCACAAGUUCCUGAUUGGACGCGGCGGGGCCAACAUUCGGCGUGUUCGGGACAGGACGGGGGCUCGCAUCAUCUUCCCGUCACCCGAUGACACAGAGCAGGAGCUGAUCACCAUCGUAGGGAAAGAGGAAGCCGUUCGGCAGGCUCAAAAAGAGCUGGAACUUCUGGUCAAAAACCUGGAUGACGUGGUGGAGGACAGCAUGGAGGUGGAUGUUCGCCACCACCGCCACUUCGUGUGCCGGAGAGGUCAGGUCCUGCGGGAGCUGGCAGAGGAGUACGGCGGCGUGGCCGUGAGUUUCCCUCGCACGGGAGCCAACAGCCAGAAGGUCACGCUGAAAGGAGCAAAAGACUGCGUCGACGCGGCAAAGAAACGGAUCCAGGAGAUCAUAGAGGACCUGGAGUCUCAGGUGAGCAUGGAGGUGGCCAUCCCUCAGCGCUACCACCGCGCCAUCAUGGGACCUAAAGGCUGCCGCAUCCAGCAAAUCACCAGGGAGCACGAGGUCCAGAUCAAGUUCCCUGAGAGAGACGACGGCACUGCAGGUCAGGAGCCUGGACAGCAGGAGAACGGUGAAGUCAUUCCAGAGGCAGAGUUUGUUCCCCGCAAAUGUGACACCAUCACCAUCUCUGGACGGGCAGAGAAGUGUGAACUGGCUAAAGCAGCCCUCCUGGCUUUGGUUCCCAUAACGGAGGAUGUUGAAGUGUCUUAUGAGCUGCAUCGCUACAUCAUCGGUCAGAAGGGCAGUGGAAUCAGGAAGAUGAUGGAAGAAUAUGAGGUGAACAUCUGGGUGCCGCAGCCGGAGAAACAGCUGGAUGUGAUCAAGGUCACAGGUCUGGUGGCCCAUGUGGAGCGAGCCAAACAGGGUCUGCUGGAGAGAGUGAAAGAGCUGCAGGCCGAGCAGGAGGACAGGGUUCUGCGCAGUUUCAAGGUUACAAUGUCUGUGGAUCCCAAGUUUCAUCCCAAGAUUAUUGGUCGCAAAGGAGCCGUCAUUUCUCAGAUCAGAAAAGACCACGAUGUCAGUAUCCAGUUCCCCGACAAAGGAGACGAGCAGCAGGAUCUGAUCGUGAUCCUGGGCUACGAGCGUAACGUAGAAGAGGCCCGUCAGACCGUCCAGCUGCUGGUGGCCGAGCUGCAGGAGAUGGUGAGCCAGGACGUUCAUCUGGACCCCAGAACUCACGCUCGCAUCAUCGGCGCCCGCGGCAAAGCCAUCCGCAAACUCAUGGAGGAGUUCAAGGUGGAUAUCCGGUUCCCUCAGCCGGGAUCUGACGAGCCCGACAAGGUGACGGUAACGGGUCUUCCUGACACGGUCAACGCUGCUAUUGAUCACCUGCUCAACCUGGAGGAGGAAUAUAUGCUCAGCGUGACGGAGACGGAGACCUUGGCAGCGUACAUGAAGCCUCCGUCUCGUUACGGAGGGGGAGGCGGAGCAGGAGGGGAGGACAGCAGCGGGGGUCCGGCUAAGGGCUUUGUGGUGCGGGAUGCCCCCUGGAACGCUUCAGGGAACAAGGCUCCGGACAUGAGCAGCGCAGAGGAUUUCCCCACAUUUGGGACAGGCGUGGCUCCGAAGCAAACGUCGGCCUGGGGCCCCAAGAAGUUCUGAAGCCGUUCGUGUGAAGAAAAACAAAACAAAAGAAACAAACAAAAAAAAAAAUCCGUCCGUUAGGUAGAUUGAGAGACAAAAACAGAUCUUGAAUCAAAUUGCUGCUCGCCUUCCUCCUCUUUCUCCUCCUCGUCUCUUCAGUGUCCCUUUUGUCUCUUAUUUGUACUGCUCUCCCACAACCAGCCACAAAGAAUUCUGGGAGAAGUAUCCCUCUGUUUUUUUUGUGUUUUUUUUAUCCGUCUUGCUCCAGGUCCUUCUUCUUCUUCUCCUUGGAGUGGGGGAAAAAACCGAACAAUGAGUCGUCUCUUCAUAGUAUUGCUGUACUGCUGUGCCCUUUGGUCGCAACCAUCUCUGCCGGCCUCACCGAAGCAUUUCAGAAAUCAUCCAUUUUCCUCCUCAGACUGCCAAAACUGUCCCCUCAAACCCGAUCACCUCACUGCAUUACAUAAGGAAUAUUUCAGUUGUUCAGAGUCUGCUGAAUCAGGGAAGUAGAGCCAGAGACGACGGGGGAAAUCUGAAGCGUGACGCUUUCAGGAAGGUUUAGGGGCGCCGAUCCAGUUAUGACAGCUAAUUUAUGGAUUUUUAAGCUUAAAAAUGUGAAAGUGAGUCUGUUUUUAUAGUGUAAGAAUAGUUUUGAAACAAAAAAAAAAAAAACCAUCUCUCAAGGUUCUUUUCCUGUGGUUUAUACAAGGUGGUUUUUCAUUGGUUCACCUUUUCCUGUCACUUUUGCGCAGCAGGCGAGGUAACGAACUGUGUUUGUGCAACGAGAGUGGGUUAAAGAAAAGCUUUUUCACCCACUAGUGUUUUCUAGAAACACUUUUUAAAAUGUAUUUCCAAGCUGGGAAUAAAAGCAGCUGCUGUAGUCAACUUUGUUUUUAACUCAUGAUAACUUGAAAAGAUGUGGAAGUCCUGCUAUGAAGGUUGUUUUGUUUUUGUUUUAUUUAUUCAAAAAGGAGCCAUUUUAUUUCAACUACUGUGAUCAUUUUGUUUUUAUAAAAGCACUCACUGUAGCUUUGCAACGUUACGUUUGAGAGUGAAUGCCGUGCAACAGGGUUUGGGAUCAUGUGUUACGUCCAAGUGUAUAAAAAACCUUUUGCUAUUUUUUUAAAUGUGGGAUUUUUUUUGUCGUUGUUGGUUUAUGGAAUACUUGACAGAUUGUGUAUGUAUAUAUUUGUGUGUGUGUGCGUGCGUGUGGAAGUUAAGAUGUAUAUUUGAAUGAAGCUGAACCAAACUUUUACAUCAUCUUUGUCCAUUUGUCUCUUGUCGGAGCUUUUUCUCAGAGCUCAUGUAGAGGUUUCUACCUCUUCAGUUUGUCGUUCAAAGUUGCUGCUUAACAUCUGAUCUUUCCUGUCCAAAAAGAAGCUCACGGUCAAAGAGCCUUACUUUAGGUUUUCUCCUUGUUAAUGAUUUUUUGUAGCAAAAAACCUGGAAUGCUCCUAAUCCCUUUACUGAGUCUGAGAAUUAACUUGUGUCCUGUUACUACCUUGUACAAAUUGCCCCCCGAUCUCAGUCAGUUCAGCUAAACCUGCUUUGUGCCUGGAGUUUCAAAGGAGGAGCAGCUGAACGCUGGCAAAUAUCCCCAGUAGCUUUCCUUGUGGGGAUUAGAUGAGAAGAUCAAUCAAAGGAGCAUACACUUUAAAGUGCGGGGGGGAAUUAAAGUGGGUAUGUUAUGCUAAUUUACAGCCAUCUUAGAUUUUUGAUAACCCUCCCAUUCACAGCUAUUUUUACUGAACCUACCGAACAAGUCGUAGUGGGGAUUAAUGCGAUGAUUCCUGCAGGAGCAGCCAA